AUGGCGGAUCAGACAAACGAUGGUCUUCGCAAAAGAAAGGAUAGUUUGUUGAACUCUAAUUGUUUUCAUGACUAUGACUCUGACGACUCCACCGCGACUAAGAAAGAGAUGGACAAGAUCGUAGAAGAUAUGGAAAAAGAAGAAGAGAAGAAUAAAGAGCCAGAUACUAAAUGGAGGUGAGU